GACAUCAGUCCGAUCACGACGGUGGAAUUGAAUCGAGCGAAGAAGCUCGCGUUGGGCGGUGGUUCCCUCACAACGCCAUCCCCUUCGCAGAAAAGAAAACGCGCUUCCGGCGGAGACGCGGCUUCGGGCGACCUUCGCCCCGCGGCAAAGAAACUGUACGACCCGUCGCAGGGUACAGAUGACGAACAGAGGCUGAACGAACAGCAGAAACGUGUCCUGGACGCGUGCCGAUCGGGACGGAGUAUCUUUUUCACUGGUUCGGCCGGGACGGGAAAGAGUUUCUUGUUGCGUAAAAUCAUCGCAACCCUACCACCUGACGGAACAGUUGCCACGGCUUCUACGGGUGUUGCUGCCUGUCUUAUCGGUGGGACCACGUUGCACUCUUUCGCCGGUAUCGGCAGCGGAGAGGCCACGCUGCAGAACUGCUACGAAAAAGCGUUGCGCAGCAACACGGCUCAGAUAUGGCGCAAGUGCAAAAGACUGAUUAUUGACGAAAUUUCUAUGGUUGAAGCUGACUAUUUUGAGAAAAUUGAGGCCGUCGCACGCUACGUUCGUAAAAACGACAAACCGUUCGGGGGCAUUCAGUUGAUUUUGUGCGGUGAUUUCUUCCAGCUACCACCGGUAAGCCGGCUGGAUCGUUUCGCCGAUGGUGCCGGACCGUUCUCACAGGACAACAAUGCGGGGGCACGCUUUUGCUUCGAAUCGCCCGCCUGGGCCGAAUGCAUCCAGGCGACGUACGAGCUGACGAUCGUGCACCGCCAGAAAAAUGAAGAGUUUGUGGCUAUUCUAAAUAGCAUCCGUAUUGGGCGUGUGACGGACGAGAUUAGUGAGCGGCUGCGCAAAACGGCCUACCAGCGCAUCGAAACGGAAGGUAUUUUGGCAACCCAGCUUUGCUCGCAUACGGCCGAGGUGGACGCAAUUAAUCAGGCCAAACUGGACGGUUUGACGGGCGAUCCGAAAACGUUCGAAGCGAAGGAUAGUGAUCCGUACAGUGCAAAACAAAUCGAUCGGAUGGUACAGGCACCGUUCAAGCUUACGCUCAAGAUUGGGGCCCAGGUGAUGCUGCUAAAAAACUACAAUAUUGCCGAUGGCUUCGUGAACGGCGCACGGGGAGUAGUUACAGACUUUGUGCAGGGACUUCCGUUGGUGAAAUUUAAACGGCGCGAGUUCGUUUCGACCACCAAGCACCUUGAACGCUUCCAUUGCCCCUAG